AUGAAACCAAUCAGUCAGGAGGAUUCACAUGUGCUUUAUCAUUCAGCCGAGCUUGGCCAGGUGUGGCUCACCAAUGGUAGAGAAGUGGAAUGGUACCGAGAGAACACAUGUUUUAGGCGGUUCAAGUUCGAAGAGCGUGUUUUACUCGCGGGGUUUACCCGCUGGGAAUCCAAUCAGCAAUCGUUGGUCAUAGUGCUACGAGAUUACGUUCAAAUAUACUUCCUCGACGACGGGGAUUCGCAUUCUAUCAAGUUGCCGUUCCCCGUACGAGGGGCACACUUCUAUAUCAAUGGCGUGUUGUUCGAAGUGCAGCAGGACGCAGACCACAUCGGCGCAGAAACGACGUCGCACAAAUUCAUCACGCUCUCGGAUCCUUUGAUGCCGUUUGGGUCUGUAUCUUUGGCCUCACCGCAAAGCGACAUCGAUCACUACACCAUGCUUCAUUUCCCGGAGCAGGAGGUCUAUGGCAUAGCGGUGCUCUAUAAUGAAACCAAGCAGGUCAUCAGCUUUUACAGCGCCGAGAUCCUGAACACGAAGGCGAUGGCUGCCAUGCCCGACCCGCCCAUCAUAUUCAACAAAAGGAAAAAGAGCUACGGCAGCCUAAUCCCCAAUGAUACAAUGCCCAUGUCAUCGUCCGCACCAAGAAAACGAACGGCGGAAACACAUACAUGCUCACCAACCACCAGCAGUAGCUCUGCUACAAACAACAAUAACAGUGGCUAUGGUGGGCUAACGAGCACUUUGAUGCGGCGACUCACCAUGAACAGACGAACCGCGUCGGCAACUGGGAGCGCGGAGCAGGCUAAUUCUACAAAUACUCCUCGCGCCAGUACUCAUGGCACGGGUGUCAACGCUAAGGUCACUCACUUGCGGAGUUCCUCCGCUACGCUAGACAGGAUGGUUAUAUCGGAUGCUAGUUAUAACCUGCCAGGUCAGCUGGGCAUCAGCAGCCUGUCUCAGGACGCCGUGCCUCAAUCUGUGACUUCGAAAGAUGGGUUGCUAACUAAGAUAACCUCUUCUCCCGUUCCGUGUGCGUUUUCGGAGAAAGUUAAAGUUGUAUCCGCGAAGAUGGACGAUCGUGUCACAAUUGUGAUCUAUGAUAGAGAUCGGGACUGGGGUCGAUUAUGGAUCUUCAAUUUGAAUUCUCCACUGGUUGGGAGCAUGAAAUUCAAGGCCUUUGGAUAUUCUCCAAUGUCUCUCAUAAAAACGGUAGAUAUCAAACAAAUGCUGUUAUUAGAUAUCUGCGCAUACGAUUCGUCAUAUCUACCUGGUGUAUUUGCCUUGUUGUUGCGUGACGGAAUAACGCUCUUUAAUCCAGUUCUGGAUGCCAUGUCUCCGACAUUCCCACUUGGGAAGGGGCAUAAUUACAAGAAUAUUUAUGCAAUUUCGCCAACCAACUUAUUCUUAGAGAAGGGUAGCUACAAUAUCCCACCGAUGACUUACCCAAGAAGCCAGACCGUCAGGAAGUACUUUGAAGCUAUACGUUACUUGGUACCGCCGUCAGUAUUUCCCUAUGUGCUAUCUAUCUGGCAGUUCACUAGGAUGCUUGUAAAGACGCGUGCGUGUAAGAACCAUGAUAUACUUGCCUUUGAAUAUGCUUUGGCUUCAUUUUUGGUAACUGAGGACUCACCACUUUAUGAUGAAACCUUUCGACAAAUCCAUUCAGAUCCUAUCUUUGUUCGUGAUAGUGGCAUAUGGGAGUGGUUACCCAAAAUUGUAAUGUGUCUCCAUUUACUACGGGAAGAGCUACAACUAAAUGUUCUGCAGAUACAGAACGUACGGCGUUUAGAUAAAUUGCUUAGCCGACUGGUUACACUGAUGGGAUGGCCGGUGAUGUGGCUUGACUAUUACAACUGUGAAAGGGAACCAAUUAAACCGUUAGAUUUCGAAUUCACGCACCCACUUGACGAACCUCCAUCAAUUUUUAAGUCUCUUUACAGUGUCACUAAAAGUUCUAUGAUGGAUGUGGUACCUUUUAUUACGUUCUCGCGAUUAGCGGAACAAGAAACAACCGCAAUUGACUCGCUUGUCACACCAAGAACGCAUAAACUCUUGAAGUUAUUUGAAUCUUUACAAGCACAACCAAGAGUUAGUACCAAUAUUCUCGAACAGCUUAACGAUUUAAACAUUGGCCAAGGUGAAUUCGAAACAUAUCCAAUUGGCGUCUAUGCUCCGCUAAGAAGAUUCUUGCAUGAACUCGAACCAACUAUCAAUAAGGUAGAUCCUCACAUGAAUGUCUCGUUGAUAACCCGCUCUGAUUUAAGUAAUUGUAUUGCUCUGAUGAGAGGCCAACCUCCGAAAGAUAGAAGGGAAUCUCAUGGUCUACAGUCCAAUCUCAAAGGCAGGUUUAAGAUAAAAGACAUAGCCGAGCUAACUGGCUCCAUCCUAGAAUUACGAAGGGGUACUGAAACAUCUUUAAGCUCGCGGUCCUUGGAUAUAUUUGAUAGAAAAGAAAACGUGUUUUUUGACCCAGGACUAUUCGAUGAAGUUUUGUCAAUGUUCACAUAUUCCACACCUCAUAAGGCUUAUUUCCCCACCCUCAGUGGCGAAUACACCAAAAUAUUAAAGUUAAAGAAACAUGCGGCUAUGAUAUCCGCGUACAGAGCUUUCACCAGCGGGCUAGGUAAAGCUGCAUUUUUUUACUGCGCAGAGGAAGCUAUCAACUCUAAAAAGACGCAGAGAGAUGAGUUAAACUUAAACUUUAAGUUUCCAAUGGAUGGAAGCAAACUUUCUUUGUCCAAGGACAAAUUUCCAGAAGAUUUCUUAAAAUGGGCAGAAUUCCACCGCGGUGUGGCGCGUGGCCUCUCCAUUUCGAAGUCUGUUACCAAUGUAACCAGCUCCUGGAUAAAUUACAAUAGACCGCCAUGGCUUGAUGCACAGUACGGUGGGUUCUUAUUAGGGCUUGGCUUGAAUGGCCAUCUAAAAGUGUUAGAGGAAUGGCAGUUAUAUAACUUCCUCAGUCCAAAACACACCCAUAUUAGCAUUGGUUUGUUGUUGGGGAUAUGUGCUAGUAUGAAAAGUACUAUGGACUUGACGCUAACAAAAGUUUUGAGCGUCCAUAUAGUGGCUUUGUUGCCCCCAGGAUCCAGCAACCUAAACAUACAUCAUCGCGUUCAAACUUCAGGAUUGAUUGGUGUUGGAUUACUUUAUCAAAGCUCUCAACACAGGAGAAUGAGCGACUUGUUGUAUUCUCAAAUAACAUCUUUCGUGACUAUUAAUGACGAACAAGUGCCUGAUGAAGGAUAUAGAUUGGCUGCUGGCAUUGCACUAGGUUUGGUAAAUAUGGGUACUGGUAACAAGGGUAUUUCUUCUAGGGAUGAUAUGGAGGGCGAUGAGCAAAUGAUGGAUUAUGAAGUUGAUGAUCCCGUAGCGUCUAUACCUGAGACCUUUAACGUUAAAAAUGCCAGCGGUUACAUUGAUCCUGACAUAGUGGAAGGUUUACUAAAGCUUGUCACCACGGUACAUGAUGUAGAAGAAUCAUGGAUGCCUGAUAACUCGCAACUAGGAGCUACUGUGUCAUUGUUGUUAAUGUUUUUGAAAUCUAAUUGCGCAGUAGUGGCUGAAAAGCUCUCGGCUACUGGAGACGAUACCAAGAGGGGCGAGACAUGGUAUAUUAAACCAGAAUUAUUUAUGUACAGAGAGUGGGCUUCCAACAUGGUAAUGUGGGAUAACAUUCAGGGGAAUAUUAAUUGGGUUAUAGCGGUUCUUGAUGAUGCCGGACGCGCGCCGCGUGAGAUUGAUAGCGACAUGCUACCAACAUACUAUAUUAUAGCCGGGAGGGUCCUAUCCGUCGGAAUUAAAUUUGCUUCCACCAACGAUAUCGAAUUGCGCGAUGGCCUAUUCGCAAUUUUGGACCAAUUUUUACCAUUUUACCAAUAUGCACUAGGAAACACAGUCGACGAACAGUUGAUGUAUAAGGGAAUCUCUAUGUUAAUCAACGUAUUGAUUAUUUCUUUGAGUUUAAUUAUGUGUGGGUCGGGAGACGUAGAAACGUUCAAGCGUAUUAGGUACUUGCACAACAUUGUCCAUGGAAAAGGCUCGUACAUUUACGAGAUUCAUAAACAGAACUCUUCGACUGGCGAUGAGAUAGAUAGUGGAAUCAGUGCAGAACAAAGUGGAAGGGUUAUAGAUCCCUUGUUACAAGUUGAAGAGAUUACUAACCCAACAAAUAAUGCCACUCUUGACGAGGGAUCUGAAUCAGAUGGAGCAAAUUCCACUCAUCAUUUAAGAGAUAAUGAGAACCAUUAUGGGAAGUAUAUGGCUACUAGUCUAUCACUCGGCUUCUUAUUCUUGGGUCUGGGUCGUUACGCUAUAAAAACAACUGACUUGGACAGCUUGUCAUAUUUGAUUAUCAGUGUCCUACCGACAUUUAUGCCUCCUUACUACCUCCAGGAAACCAAGUAUUUGUGGUGCAUGUCAGUAGACACCAGAGUCUUGAUAUUGAAAAAUUCCGACACAGAAGAACUAUGCGAGGACGUGUCAUUGGAGAUUAUAGUGAAGAGUUCUAAAAAAGAUCGCAACUCAGGAGUAGUUGUUCAUUCAUGCGUUUCGCCUUGUCUAUUACCACCAUUGGAUACAAUUCAGUCCAUAAAAAUUGACGAUCCUGCAUAUUACCCCUUAGUACUCUCGUUUGACGACGAAUGUAAAGCUGAGAACUAUUUCAGCAAGGAGUGUAUCAUCUAUGUCAAGGAGCGUGAUGAAAUCGAUGAAAAUGUGGAUCCAACGACUGAUCCUUUGGAGUACAUGAAUAAUGUUAAAAAAGAGCUUUCGAAGAACCUAUCAAUACGAGAUAAUAUCGAUCCGAUCGUUAAUCCUCGUCAAGAAGAAUUUCUAGCACAAAGACUACUUUCCAAGUUAGGUUUACACGAUAUGACAAGGAUCGAAUUUGAAGAUACGGUAGCCAACCAAACUGGUGCCUCUGAAGACAAUAACUACAACCUCGAUAUGUUGUGCACCUCUGAGGACACUGACUACAGGUUGGAACUAUGGAGAAGGAGGAACGGCUUGUAA